AAAUAUAUUUAAAAGAUUUUGAAACAAAAAUAACUCUUAAUCAACAUAAAAGUAUUGGUAAUCCACAAAAAUUGCACACGACGUGAACAAAACAAAGCGAAAAACUUUCGACGAAAAGGAUUGCACUUACACAAAUAAGUGAACCCAACUCUUAUUAUUAUUAAUAAUUUGAAAACAUUUAAACAAUUAACUGCUUCAAAAUAUGCGUAUUAGUUUACCCGGUGAUCUAUUACUGAGUACAGCGUUUGAUUCAAGCAUGGUACUACGUAACCAGCAUACAAUUGCAGUACAAACUAAUAGUUACAAUAACAGAACGAAUAUUAACCCAGUUCGCGUCAUGGCCAAUCAAAGACCAAUAAUUGACUUGCUUGUCGGAAUGGUUGGUGUACCAGUACUUAUUUUGUGUGCAAUACAAUUGGAGAAGCAUUUGCGUGAAAUGGGCCAAAAUCCAGAUAGUAGAUGGAUCGUGUUUGCUUUGGGUGUCGGCAUGUUAGUUGUAAGCCUAAUAAUCUGCGGCUAUAUUACCCAUCGAAUGGGUGUUUGUAUUUGGACAGGUCCAAUAGAUGAAGCAGGCAAUCCAAUUAAUGGACGCAACGUGCAACAUAUCAAUUCACAGAAUGAUAUAUUGCGCAUUGUAGAUUCUUUACCGCCAAGUUAUGAUAGUGUUGUUAAAUUUGAUAUACCACCACCACCAUAUGAUUGUCUUGUUAUUGACAUGGAGCUUAGCAAAGAGGAAGAAGGGUCUACCGGCAAAGAACUGCCAUCAGCAGUGACUUCAUUGCAUAUGUAAAGCUAAAUGAAUAUAUAUUGCACAAAGCAAGAAUCACUUAUGGGAGAGAGAAUUAAGAGAUUAGAGGUUUAUGUUUUUAACAGAAACUCUAAAAGUUCUCCUAUAGACUUUUAAUAUUAUCAACUUACUGAUUAUAUUAUACUUCUUUCCAAAAUCCCAAAUCAUUCUAAAUUGAAAAAGCAUUUUAGUUUUUUCAUUUCAAAUGAAACUAAC